AUGAGCCAAUCGAUUUUAGGAUAUGAAACAGCAAACAAUGAGAAUUAUUUAUAUAAAAUUAUUUAUUAUGUGGAAAAUUUAUUAUUUCAGCUUCUAAGGGCCCAGGAACUGAAUAUUAAACUUUAUAACGGAAUAACAAAUGAUUAG